UUUGUGCUGAGUAACUGUGUGUAGCGAUCGAUCGGGCGGCGACACGGGGGCUAUUUACUUAAAAAACGAGGUAAAUGCGCGCACCACUCGCGUACUUUGGGGUAAUUUAGCGAUACACUGAGGCGGGACCUUAUUAAUAAGCAAUAAUCAAUAACGUUGAUUGAUGGACACGAUGACUUCCUUAGAGAUCCGUCCAGAGUCCAAGAAAAAGGUUGAUGACUUCUGCAAGCAGCUCACCAAAGAGGCGGAGUCGUUGGUCUCCACGUUCUUCCCGCAGAAGAUUGCCGAAAUGGACGCUCUGCUACAGGCCUCCCUGGGCAUAACUCCAGAGGACCUGUCCUCUCUGGUGGCCCCGCUGGACAUUCCCAUACCUGACCCUGAAAAGGAGGAGCUGAAGAGGAAGAAGAAGGAGGAGAAAGAGGCGAAGGAAGGAAAGAAGGACAAAGACAAGGAGAAGGAGAAGGACGAGGAGGAAAAAGGUCCACCCUGUGGUCCCAUUGCCAUCAAUGAGCGAGUGGAGCGUCUCCUGAAGGACAUCAAGCCUCACAUCCAGACUCUGAAGGAGAAACUCAACACGGUGUCAAUGUGGGUGCAGCUACAGAUUCCCAAGAUUGAGGAUGGAAACAACUUUGGAGUCGCUGUGCAGGAGAAAGUCUUUGAAUUUUUAACCAACACUCGCACUAAAAUAGAGGGAUUCCAGACACAGAUUUCAAAGUAUUACAGCGAGAGAGGAGAUGCUGUCGCCAAGGCCUCCAAACAGCCACAUGUGGGUGAUUAUCGGCAGCUGGUGCACGAGCUGGACCAGCAUCAGUACUGCGAGCUGCGCGUCGUCAUCCUGGAGAUCCGCAACUCUUAUGCUGUGCUGUACGACAUCAUCACCAAGAACUACGACAAGAUCAAAAAGCCCCGGGGAGACGGCAAGGCGCUCAUCUACUGAGAGACGGUGUCCACACACACACACACACACAC